AUGGCAUUCACCACCGAAGACUUAUCAGACAAAGAACAAGAUAAUCGAGAUAUAUGUCCUGUAACAUUUUCCGAUCAAGAAGGGUUAUUCAUACCUCUUACUACGAUCCACGAUGUCAUUAUUACGCCCUGGAGGGAGGAUGACAUCGAUGAUAUGGUUGAUUUGUACAAUCAUCCUAGUGUAGCUAGAUACGCAGUUACCAGGCCUAUCCCAUACACAUAUAAAGACGCAUCUUUUCUGUCUAUUGAAAUAGCUAACACUCGAUCAUUCCUUGAUGAACUACCCAAUCGUCUUCCUACUCCACCAUCGAAGACGUCAUAUCCUCAUGGGGAGAUCUCGCCAUUCGGAGCUGUACGAAUCCGAGAUACCCAGAAGCUGAUAGGCAGUCUGCAUGUAAGACCGUCUGGCUAUUCACCUGGGAAUUGGGAGAUAUCAUAUUACCUCAAUCCCAACUAUACUAGAAGAGGGAUAGGCUCAGAGAUGAUUAGGAAAGGCGUGCAACUGGCAAAAUGGUUAGGAGUUGAAAGGAUAGUAGCAUUUACCGCUGCAGAAAACAUACCAUCCAACGUUGUCCUCAAGAAGACAGGAUUCACUAUCUAUUCGGACCAUAUCAUAGAUUGGCCAGAGUUUCUGGGAGGAGGAAAGAAGGAUGUUUAUACCUGGGAUCAAUAUCUGGUACCAUUCGAGGGGAAAGGGCCUCCAAUAGUAGAAGGUUAA